AUGAAAGAACCCUACAGUCUCCUGCAGACCGAAUCUGAUGAGUAUGAAGAUACACUAGACAGCCUGGCCCUUCUCCCGGAAUCACGAUUUUCGUUGAAGCCAGUCUGGAAGAGAUCAGGAAUUAUUAUCGUUAUUGCUGCCAAUUUCACUCUCUUCCUGGUCUCUCUUGGGGUUAUGACAUUCUCCCUGUUUAAAGGUUGCUCUGAAAAAUAUUGUGCAGCUCUUACCUCGAACUAUUCACCCCUUCUUGAAUCCACGGCAGGAGUCAUUGAAUAUGAAACUGUGAUUUUUCAAGGAGCGUUAGAAUAUGAGAGUGUAUAUAAAGGCACUCCAAAUAAGGCCCUGGACGAAGCAUGGUUAUAUAUCAAGCACAUGGGUUCAACUCAGAUUGAUGCUGAAAUCCUUCCACGAAUCAACAAGUCUGAUAUCUCCGUCAAGUUUCCAGCUGAAUAUGGAGGAAAAUACAUGAGUGGGAUUGAAGUAUUCCAUCAGCUACAUUGUCUGGACCUUAUCAGGAAAUAUACCUACAGAGACUAUUAUGAUCUGCCUGAAAAUAGACCAGAGGAAUUUACUGAUUCAGAAUCAACACUCAGGAAGCAUGUUGAUCACUGUAUUGACAUUCUCCGUCAAAAUCUCAUGUGCACUGGUGACGUGGGAAUCGUUACUCACAACUGGGUAGAGGAGUAUGGUAUCUACCCUGAUUUUAGUACCCAACACAAAUGUCGCAAAUUUGAAAAAAUAGUCAGCUGGGCAGAAGAACACGCUGCACCAUCUUUGCCAUAUAAUGGGGGAGAUCCGACCCCAAGUGCUGAGUCGGUGUUUUUGCCAACACCGCCUCCUUGA